GGGCGCCACCGCCUCAGCCGCCAUCUUGGGCUCCGAGGACCACUGCUGUAGAGGUUGGGUCCGCGAGCUGGAGCAGUUGGUGACUGCUGGGCCCCUGUUCGCCCAUCCUGAGACAUGGAUCUGAAGAUUUCUCACAUCGAAUGUCUGGCCAAGGAGAUUCUGGUGAAGUUUCAGGGCAAAUACGAUAUCGAGUGUGAAUUUGACUACCACAUCCUGCAGAGUGAGAUACAGCACAUCUCCAAAACGCACAGCCACGUGAGGGUGGGCGAAUUUUGUUUGGUGGAAGAGAGAGAUUCCGGAGAAUGGCACAGAGGACGUGUUGUGGAGAGCAAAAAUGAAUUCUACAGAGUGUUUCUCAUUGAUUGUGGGAAGGAGCUGCGAGUCAGUGCUGCCCGGGUCGCCUCUGCCUGCGAGAACUUAUUCGAGCUCCCCCCCCGGAUCGUGGUGGGCGUCUUUGCCAACAUCCUCCCUCUCGGGGAGAAGUGGUCUCCCAAGGCCUUAAAUUACUUCACGUCCUUGGUAGGACUUCAGGUGAAGGGCUACGUGCAGGCCAUUCUGCCUCACCAAGUGGUUCUUCUGGAAGCCCCGAGAAUCAUCUCUGAGGUCCUCGAGCUCCAGCUGGGAAGACUUAUCGAUGGAGAUUCUUUCCAUCUUCUGAUAGAGAUGUUAAAGGAAUUUCCCCCCAGUCCCUCUUGUCCCCAAAUGCCUGACCUGUUGGAGCAGCAAUACAAAAGACCCAAGUCUUUGUGUAGCAGCAGUGAGAUUUCGCCUAAUUUUCAGCACAUCCUCGAUGACUUGCAGCCAUCACUGUCCAUUAACUGUAUGGAAAGUGUGAAAAUCGCUUCUGCGGUCAGUCCGAGCUGGUUUUAUUGCCACCUAAUGAAAUGGUUGCCAGAGCUGGACAACUUGACCACCGCCAUGUCUCUGCACUAUGAGACGGUGAGCCGAGAGAGAAACCCUCCUUGCGAUAACUUUGGGCUGCUCUGUGUGGCCAAGAGGAGGAACGGGCAGUGGUAUCGUGGGGUUCUGCAGCAGCUCCUGCCACUGGACCAGGUGAAGAUCUGGUUCAUGGACCUGGGCAACAGUGAGGCUGUGCCCUCCAACUAUGUGAAGAAGCUGAAGCAGGAGUUCAGCUCGCUGCCCCUCUUCUCUUUCCCUUGCACUCUGUCCCACAUUGGCAACCCCAACAAGGACGUGAGGAACAUGCAGCUGAAGUUGUUCAAACAAGCCCUGUUGGGCCAGAUGGUCUUUGCCCACAUCGAUCAGUUCAACCCUGACGAAUGUCUGUAUUACGUGACCUUCCACAGUCAGGAGUCGGUCAUCAGCUCCAAGAACCUGCUGCAGGCAAGUGAGUGCCCUCUGGCGCCUCCCCUGACGGCGGCGGUGCAGGGAGCCCCAGGGGACAGCAAGGCUGAGAGCUUGGUGGGCCCCAUGGCCCCCCUGAGCCCGGAUUUGGAGAAGGACCCUUUGUCCAAGGUGGCCGUGUCCUGGAAGACCGUGGAGAUGAGAGUCAAUUCUUCAUAUGUGGCUUUUGUUGAGUAUGUCUUGAACCCGUCCAAUUUCUGGGUGCGCACCAAUGAUCACCAGAACAAAUUCCAGGACUUGAUGAAGAAGAUUGGGGAGACAUAUGACUCCUGCGAGAAGGACGACAUGCUCCUCAGAAAGCCCGAGCCUGGCGUAUUCUGCUGCGCGCGCUACAUCAAGGACAUGCACUUCUACAGAGCCGUCGUCACGGAAGUCAACGGUUAUAAGAUCAACGUCUAUUUUCUGGAUUUUGGAAAUACUGAAUCGGUCCCAUUCUACGACGUCAAAAUUCUGCUGCAAGAGUUCUGCGAGUUACCGGCAUUGGCCAUGUGCUGUUCCCUGGCUCACGCAUGUCCAACAGAAGAUAUUUGGGUAAAGAAAGCCACGGACUUUUUCAAAAAGACCGUGUUCGAUAAAGCACUCUUGCUCACAGUCGUGGCCAAAAAGAAAGACAAGUAUAUUGUGAAUGUGCAGAGUGUUGAGGCCUCCGGAAAAAUCAAUGUUGUCGGGCUCAUGGUGCAAGCAGGCUACGCAGAAUACUGGGAGGUCAAACCGGACAGUCUUCCCCAUAUGGGGGCAGAGAUUUUGGCAGCUGGUGGCCAGCCUGGGCACAGCAAUGCAGCUGCUCAAGCCAAGAAGCCUCGCCCGUCAGACUUGCCCGCUGCCUCAGCAGGCUCAGCAAGUCCCUUUCCUAGAAACAUUGGGCCAUUGCCCGGGGCAAGCGAGUGUCUCCAUCCAUACAAGGAGUAUGUGUUCAAGCCAGGCACCAUUAUCGACGUCAAAUGUUCAUACUUCUCCUGCCCUGGGGACUUCUCGUGCCAGCUGCAAAGCAAGCUGCCGGUGCUGAUGCUGCUGAUGGAGCAGAUGCAGGAGUAUUACAGGACCCACCGAGACCCAUACCAGGUGGGGCAGGUCGCCUGUGUGGCCCUAUACGCCAAAGAUGGGAUGUGGUAUCGAGCGGCCGUCCUGACUCAAGUGUCAUCCCGGGAGAUGGACGUCAUCUUUGUGGACUAUGGGAAUCAGGAGAGAAUCCCAAUCAAAGACCUUUGUGCUAUUCACCCCGACUUUAUGCUCCUGGAGGGCCAGGCGUUCCGAUGCAGUCUCAACAAUUUAAUCGAACCCAUUAAUUCCGAGUCAUUCAGUUGGACCACAAAGUCCUGCCUGGAGUUUGGGAACUUCAUUUCUUCCUACGAUGGACUGCUGACAUGUAUCAUCUAUGCUUUGGUUCUGAUCCACCCACACUGCCUGUGCAAUGUUGUCGAUUUGAGAACACCAUUCAUCAGCGCACGGCAGUUUCUGGUCAAUUGUGGCUGUGCACGGCAUAGUGUCUUCUCAGAGUCUUUGCCAGCGACCGUGAGCCUGUACAGUUUCUGCUAUUCUUCCUUUAACUUAAAAAUCGGGAGUGAAGAAGAAGUCUGUAUAUCCCACAUCCACAGCCCCAGAAAGUUUUAUUGUCAAUUGAGGAGAAAUAGUCGAAGUCUGGAGAUCAUAACAGCAAAGAUUGCGGAGAUGGGCAGCCUCUCCAGUUAUCCAAGAUUUGAUGGCAAAACAAGAUUGUGCCUGUCGAAGUACUUUGAAGACGGUUUCUUUUACAGAGCCAUUGCCUCUCCCGUGGAUUUGUCGUCCUAUUUGCUUGUCUAUUUUGUGGACUUUGGAAACAAGCAGAUCGUGGCGGGAAAUGAAUUACUGCCUAUUUUAGAGCAGUCUCCAGAGUUACUCUUUACACCUAUGCAGGCAAUCAAAUGUUAUCUUUCAGACCUGAAGGAUGUGGACAUUCCAGCAGAAAUCAACGUCUGGUUUGAAGAAAACUUCUUGGGAAAGUCGUUGAAGGCGGUCGUUGUGUCCAGGGAUUCAGACGCCCAGCUUGGCCUAGAGCUCUACGAUGGAAAUCAGCAGAUAAAUCAGAAAAUCAAAACUUUGCUUCAAGUUUAUGGGAAAAAGUGUGACCCGGGAAAAGGGGCCGAGAAGUUUCAUAAAAAAUGUGAAAGUAGAAUGUCAGGUAGGGUAUUCUUGAAAGACAAAGGCAACCCCCACCAGUUCAGUGUAAGUAAAGCUACUUAUCCUAAGUAUCUCGAAAACAAAGCGGAUCAAGCUGUGCCUUCCAAAGACAUACAUACCAGACUCUUGAAGCCCGCAGCCUCUCUGAAGAUGGAGCACACUGUAAGAAGCAGGGCGGACCAGCCUUUCAAAGGAGGACUGAAAACUGCCGACGGAAGAGCCAGCCCCGAGUGUGCCGGCCAAACGAGUGAAGGAAAGCCGCCUGCCGCAGAAGCUUUUACAGCCAAACGGCUCCUGGCUCCGUCCAGAGCUGAGGGGGCGGCGAGACCCCAGAUCGGAGACCUCCCGCCGCCUCUUCUGCACCUGAACGUCAGAGUGAAGGGCUAUGUGUCGAAUAUAUGGAGUCCGGCCAGUUUCCACAUUCAGCUUGCUGAGAGCGAAGACUUGAUCUUCAGACUUGCCAGAGAGCUCAACGAAGGAGUGGCCGCUCGAGGCCGAGACAGUGAGCUGGCGGCGCUUUCGGUGGGAGACCUCGUGGUUGCCGAGUACGCGGUCGAUAACGCCUUAUACAGAGCAGUGAUUAAGAACAUCAUAUCCAGGAAUUCUUUGGAAGUGGAAUUUAUCGACUAUGGGAACACAGAAGUUGUAAACUUGACCCAACUCCACGAACUUGAUAGGAAAUUUCUGACCAUUCCUCAGCUUAGCCUUCAUUCUUUUCUGAGUGGAGUAAGAUAUAAUGAGCCUGACGAAUUGUGGGACAGCAAAACCAUUGCUUACUUUGCUGAAAAAGUAAAUAACAAAUUGAUUUCUUGUGAGUUUUUGAAGAAGCAUGAGCAAAAGUGGGAAGUAAAUAUUCUGUGUGAUGAGAAGUGUGUUGUGAAUGAAAUGAUGAAGUGGAUAGCAUGUUCAAAGAAGCGGGAGAAAGUCUCCAAACCCCCUGAAACUCUCUCUAAAAAAGCGAUUCUGGGCAUUGAUAAUAAAGAAAAGAAAAGGCCUGUGGAUGGAAGUAAGUGCCCGAGAGCAGCCUUCCAGCAGCUGGCUAAAAUCCCGAGUCCUGAAUUAAAGCCCGGCCAGCUGGAGAAGGCCGAGAUAGUUCAUGUUUCAAAAUGCGGAAACUUCUUUGUGAAACUCAAGAAAAGCGUGCCCGCCUCCUCCAGCUUGCUUUCCUUGAUUAUUAAAGAAGCCAAGGAGAACCCUUUCGUCCCCGUGGAGAGCAUCGAAGAAGGCUUGGAGUGCCUGACGAAAUCCAGAAUCGCAGCGGCAUGGUGCCGGGCCAAGGUGGAGAAGAAACACUUGGGAGAGGACAAGAUGCUGGUGUAUUUGCUGGACUACGGCCGCUACGAGGUGGUGCCCCUGCUGGGGACCAAGGAGCUCGGCCAUGAGAGCAGGACCAUUCCCCAGCAGGCUGUGCCCUGCAAAUGGAUCUGGAUCGAGAACGCCCGGAAGAUGUCGUUCGAGUCCACAGUGCAUUUGUUCGCUCAUCUGGAGACAAAAAUUCUGUUCCUCCGCCGUCUCGACGCCGCCUGGGAGGUGGAGAUCCUGGUCGACGGCCUGUUGCUGUUGGAGUACCUCCACUUCAGGGCCAGCCAGAGCGAGGAGAACCCCCAGACUCCUGGCAAGGUCCUCCUCGGGGGGGAGUCCAGGCUGCCCAUGAUGUCCUUCCGCGUGAACUCUGUGACGUGGGCCCUCCUUCAGAGCGGCCGGCGCUACAGCGGCUUUGCCACGGCCGUGUCAGACCCCUCGGACUUCUUCGUGCAACUUGAGGACUUCUUUGACACCAUGACAGCCCUGUGCCGGCUGCUCCUGGCCCUGCCGGACCACCUCCCGGCGCUGCCCCCGCAGCUCGUCGUGCCGGGCUCCAGCUGCCUGUUCCGCUAUGGCCAGGAGGAGCAGUGGAAUCGGGUGGAGAUCUCCGAGGUCUCUGCGCAGGCCGUGCUGCUCCUGUUCAUGGACUAUGGCUUUUCUGUCUGCGUCCCCCGUUCCGAGUGCGCCAGCCUCAAAGUCAUUCCCGAGGAGCUCCUGUGCUUGCCCCGGCUGACGUACCGCUGCGCCCUGCAUGGCGUCCUGCCUGCCAAUGGCGAGCGCUGGGAAGAGGCCGCCAAGACUCUGUUCCAAGACUUCCUGAGCAAACUGGGCCUCUUCUUCUUGCUACGGGAGUACAGCCCCGGCAUGAAGCUCCAAGUGGACGUCCUCCAUGGCAAGAACAGCCUGGCUGACCUGCUGGUAGUGGCCGGCUACGCCGUCUUCUCCAAGGAGGCGGCGCGCUUUGUGGCCAUCAACAGCAUCCAGUCUACCCAGAUCGAGUACAAAGUGCAGGGGAGGCACGUCUGUCCCCCGGCCGAGAAGAAGGGCUUCCCCAGCGAAAACGUGUUUCUGACGUGCACAGCAACGGAAGGGCCGCCGCAGCAGUGGAAGUUCAUUCCGUGGAAAGACGUCUACAAAAACAUUUUUGGGAAAAUCAUCCCGACCACCUGCCUGCAUUCCAGAAACCUAACCCUGAAGAAGAAGGUGGGCAACGGGAAGCACAAAGCCAGAAGCACCAUCGAGGUGGAGGCGUGUGAAAGAAAUACGUUUUGGGAACGGCACCGCCGCCCCAAGGGCGAGCCCGCGUGCCCAGAGGAUCAUCCCGCGGAGGUGCCCCCGGGAGAAAUGUGGAAGACCUACAACCUGUGCACCAGGAUCAAAGCCCUGAACAUCAGCGAAGAAAUGGUUCUGGAAGAGCAUCCGAACAAGGAGGGAGAUGAAAACUCGGGUCAUUUAGGUUUGCCAACUCCUGUUGAGAGGGAAGCCUACUCCUGAAGCCCAGUUCCGUGCCCCAGAUCCAGAGUGGGGUGUAGCUCUUGAAGACGAGCACGAUUCCCUUCCGUUAGGGGACGUCCGCCUGAAGAGGAGUCUCGUUCUGUGAGCACGUAUUGCUUUCACAUCCAGCUGGGGACUUCGCUUUUUGUUUUUGCUAUAAAAUACGGUUUAAAUGGUUUUGUUGAACUCUUAAAUUAACGCGGAUGCUUCAAGAGGGCCGUUUUCAGCCUUCCCAGGUGGGGCUCUUUCAGUGAGACUCCAUCAGGAGGCGCUGUUGACCAGGCCCAGUUUUGGGGGCCUCUGGCCAGAGCAUGCUGCCUGUUUGGGGCAGAGACAGGCCUGCGCUCCUUUAGGGGAGCUGCAGAGAGCCGGGGUUCCUUGCUCACCCUGCUGCUUCUCCAGGCCCCGUCCACUUUCAGGUCAGCAGGUUCUGUGGCCGCAGUGACUGCCGGGCGCAGCAGGAAGCGCAGCCCUUACUUAGACUGACUUCCCUUUGUUUCCUUGGAUUGACCUUUUCAUUGUGUAAUCGUUGGCUGCUCUGGCAUGUUGAGGGAAACUCCCCCAAGAGUGGAUCCUUUCCCUACUUUGUUGGUGUCGGGGCCCCUGUGGGCAGGAAUCACCAAGAACGGCAGAGCCGGGGGAAGGGGGAGCAGAAGCAAGGAGGAUGGGCAGCGCUGAACAAUCCCACAAGAUCGUACUGUGCCGGAAGCUCAUUCUCUGCCCGCCGGCUCCUCCUGACUUUGCUGGCACAUAAGCUGCACCCCAGCCAGCCGGAUUCUCCCCCCAAAAAGGGAACUUCCUGUUUGGAAUUGCCUUCACGUGGUUGAUGUUAGGUUGACUUUGCUAUGCAUUUAAGUUUUGAAAAUCCCCCUUUUUUUUUUUGUCAUUUUGAGUUACACGAGAAGUUUUGCUUUCUUUGUGCUCUUUGGAAGUGCCUCAAAUAAACCUCCAAGUUCCUUUCUUCAGUAAUCAGGUGUAAAAGGCAACCACGGAAAAAGAUUGGUCGUUUGGCUGGUGCCAACACUAUCAAGAGAGAUCCAUGCCUAGACGUGGUUUGGGAAGUCCUGAUCCACUUGGGGUCUCUCUGGAAGCCAUUAGCCGGUCGGAGAGAAGCGAUCUCGGCAGAGCCUCGGCGGGCCUCCCUCAGGUUGGUCUUUAUUUUCCUCAUGGAAGGGUUCCCCGUGUUGAGGUGGAGAACUUGAAAACAGGACUGGAGUUUCCGUGCGAACGAACGGUUGUACUUUGGCUUUGGCGGCCCAGCCUCAAUGAUCGCCUCUUUCUGUGUGAUGGUCCAUAUCAUGUGUUUUUGUUCAGCAGCUUCAACGACACGAAAUUCUUUUGGUAAAUUUGGCAAAAUUCGGUGAAAACAAAUCAUUGUAUCCUUUGGUUUCUUUGAUGUGGCAUUGACAAGGUCUGUGGAUUAAAGUGCUUACAUUGCA